AUGGAUGUUGGGACGAUUGAGAGUGUGGUGGAUAUGCAGCUUAUAUGGGUCUCGUUGUUAUGCCUCGCUGCAUACGAUACGUGUCUCACGUUCGCCGACGAGGUCCGGUUCCUGCGGCAUUCGCGGCUUAGCUUCAUGAAGGUCGUGUAUGUGGGCAUCCGGCUCACGAUGUUUGUGAGUCUGAUAUCGGGGUCCAGCUUGCCUAUGCGCGGAAGUCUCGAGCAAUGCAAUGUCCUUGGCAAGCUUGCGGAAUUGCCAUCUAUCAUCGGGCUCAUCGCAGUGGAGAUUAUGUUUAUCGGCCGCGUCUACGCUCUAUGGAGCUGCGAUAAGCGGGUGCUCGUGCCUACCCUGCUUACUUUGGGUGUCCACAUUGCCUCGCUCGCGGUUAUCGCUACGCUUCCCGGGACACAGAUGAGACCUGUCGCUAUAUCCGACGGCUGGAUAGCAUGCCUCCCUCCGCAUCGGAACGAGCUAUGUGUGAUUAUCAUCGGGACGAUUUUUGUCCUAGAUACAGAAAUACUCGGUCUGACGCUGUACCGCUCCAUGGCGUACUUCCGCAGCAGGCGGCUCAGGCUCGUUGAGAUUGUCAUCCACCAUAAUGUCGUAUACCUUGUGUGUGCUUUGGUUAUCGCGGUUGUGAACAUGACACUCAUUCUGACACUAUACAACAACUUUAUGCCUUCUAUUUUUCAAGGAGUGUUCAGCUCGAUCGUGGCUACGAGGAUGCACCGGCGGCUUUGGAUGACACUGAGUGAAUCUGCAGCCAAUGAAGAAUUGGCAGAUGUGUCGGUCGUUACGUAUAAGGACAAGCUAUGCUGUUCAAGCUGAGUGUAAUAAUGAGAUGUUUAGG